GGUGGAGUUGUGGUUGUACAGUUCUGUUUCCUCUUCACACUCAGACUCUCCGACUGUCAGCUGGUAAACGUCUCACUUCUGGACAUGGACUGUGCUCUGGACCAACUGGACGCUGCAGGAUUUCUGCGCAUCUGGCAACACUUCGAUGCAGACGAUAAUGGCUACAUCGAGGGGAAGGAGCUAGAUGCCUUUUUUCGCCAUCUUCUGAUGAAGCUUGGACCUGGGGAUAAGAUAACAGAGGAGCGAGUGCAGCAGGUGAAGGCCAGGUUCAUGUCGGCCUAUGACGUGACGGCGGACGGUCGCCUGCAGAUCCAGGAACUCGCCAAUAUGAUCUUACCAGAAGAAGAAAACUUCCUGUUGCUAUUCCGCCGUGAAGUUCCUCUGGACAACAGCGUGGAGUUUAUGAAGAUCUGGAGGAAGUAUGAUGCAGAUAGCAGUGGGUACAUAUCUGCAGCAGAGCUAAGGAAUUUCCUGAAGGACCUUUUCCAACAGCACAAAAAGGAAUUGUCCUCUGACAAGCUGGACGAGUACACAGACACCAUGAUGAAUAUAUUUGACAAGAACAAAGAUGGCCGCUUGGAUCUGAACGAUUUAGCUCGAAUCCUGGCUCUUCAGGAGAACUUCCUGUUGCAGUUCAAGAUGGACGCGAACAGUCUGGAGGAGAGAAAAAGAGACUUUGAAAAAAUCUUCACUCAUUACGAUGUUAGUAAAACCGGAGCUCUGGAGGGACCCGAGGUGGACGGAUUCGUCAAAGACAUGAUGGAGCUGGUCAGGCCCAGUAUCUCUGGUCCGGAGUUGGACCAGUUCAGGGUGGUGCUGCUGCGUCACUGUGAUGUGAAUAAAGAUGGAAAGAUCCAGAAGAACGAGCUGGCGCUGUGUUUAGGGAUGAAACCUAAACCUUAGUCCACCUUCUGUGUUUGUUAGGCUGACUGAGUGUGCUAUUUAAAAUGUGUUUAAUACAAUUACGUUACAGACACGUGCUAAUAAUUAUUCCUUUAUGGUCAAAGUUUUACUGCAUGGUCACGAGGUCACUGCUCCCAGGCUUCAUUUACAGAGGAGUCAGGAUGCGGAUUUCACCAGAUGUUAUUAAAUACAGGGGAAAAUAACCAUGUCAUCCAUCACUCAUCUUAAUGUGUGUGUGUGUGUGUGUGUGUGAGGGGAGAGAGAGAGAGAGAGAGAGAGAGAGAGCAGACAACAGCUGGAAGCCGGCUCUCCUCUGUGUUUGUUUUGCUAGGUUACAGUAAUGCGCGUUCAGUCAGCGGCACAACAAAAAAAGUUUAAUCAUUUAUUAAUAUUUUAAAAAUCAAACGGUAUAUAGCUAAUAUAACCCGCUGUUUCCUUUCAGUUUAGUUAUUAUAAUUCCCUUUACUCGAUAUCUCAUUCUCCUCAUUCACACACACACACACACACACACUCACACACACACAUACACACACACACAAGCCCCUUCUAACACUUACUAGCUUCACUGUUAGCAUAACUGAUGACAUGAUCACUCUCUCUUUCCAGCAACAAGUAUUUAAUGAUAAUGAUGAUGAUAUUAAAGUAUUUAAUGAUAAUGCUAAUAGCUAGUUUAGUUGUUACCACUGUGGAGAGCGCCGCACUAAAGGAAAUAGAUGAUAUAUAAAGCUAACACUUUCACUCCUAGUGAGAAUUAACUGAAUGGUUUCCCCUCAAAAUACUGAGGGUGUGUGCCUUUGCUAACAUGCAGUGUUAAAUAAUUUCCGCUGUGUUUAAUCAUCAAAUUUAACAUUGCACAAGCUAAAAAAACCCAUCCUACAACUUUUCCGUGACGGUUUAAAAUAAAUUAAUAGAUAGAUAAAUAAAUAAAUUGCGGACAGUUCUGAGAAUAAACCGUGUUGUGAGUGAUUAUUAGCUCGGGUCUGUACUGUAGAGUGCAUGGUGUGUAUUAGCGGUUAGCAUGUGCUGUGCUUUUAGUUCAACUCUGUAUUACAGAUUAUAUAUAAUCAGGAUUUAUUUACACAGUAGUCAUGCUCCACAUUUUCUGUAAUUCGUUUCCACAUUUGAAUAAAGAAUAAAAGGUUAAAGACGCAAA